UUCCUGACCGUGCUUCAGUAUGGCUUUUAUUGCCUACUUUUUGACUAGAGUCGAUGUGUUAAUAUAUUUUGUAAUUUGUGUUGCACUGUUCAUCUACUGGAGGAAUGGAUCUAAGAAGAGCACGUCAAACAUGCCUCCUGGACCUACCCCUCUCCCUUUCAUUGGUAACAUUAACCUGUUGGACCUCAAUCGGCUACACAACUCAUUGAUGGAGCUGUCUGAGAAAUAUGGGGAAAUAUAUACUCUGCAUGUAGGAAACAGAAAAUUAGUGGUACUUUCUGGAUAUAAGGCUGUGAAGGAAGCACUUGUCACCCGAGCUGAAGAUUUUGGAGAAAGAGCAAAUACUCCAAUAUUUGACUUAGCCUUCAACAAACAUGGUGUAAUAUUUUCCAAUGGAGAACUAUGGAAAUCUAUGAGGAGGUUCACAUUAUCAACACUUCGAGACUUUGGAAUGGGGAAGAAAUCUGUAGAAGCCAAAAUUCAAGAUGAAGUAAUCGCCCUUACAGAAAGCUUUAAAUCUCACAAUGGCAAACAAUUUAAUCCACACCUGUUAGUAAACAGUGCAGUAUCCAAUGUAAUCUGCUCGAUUAUCUUUGGGAACAGGUUUGAGUAUGAUGACCCAACAUUUGGAAAAUUAAUCAGAUUGUUAGAUGAAAAUGCCAAACUGUUUGGUACACGCAAAGUGGUGCUGUCUGAGAAAUAUGGGGAAAUCUAUACUCUGCAUGUAGGACCCAGGAAAUUAGUGGUACUUUCUGGAUAUAAGGCUGUGAAGGAAGCACUUGUCACCCGAGCUGAAGAUUUUGGAGAAAGAGCAAAUACUCCAAUAUUUGACUUAACCUCAAACAGACAUGGUGUAAUAUUUUCCAAUGGAGAACUAUGGAAAUCUUUGAGGAGGUUCACAUUAUCAACACUUCGAGACUUUGGAAUGGGGAAGAAAUCCGUAGAAGCCAAAAUUCAAGAUGAAGUAAUUGCCCUUACAGAAAGCUUUAAAUCUCACAAUGGCAAACCAUUCAAUCCACACCAGUUAGUAAACAGUGCAGUAUCCAAUGUAAUCUGCUCGAUUAUCUUUGGGAACAGGUUUGAGUAUGAUGACCCAACAUUUGGAAAAUUAAUCAGAUUGUUAGAUGAAAGUGCCAAACUGUUUGGUACACGCAAAGUGGUGCUUUAUAAUUAUUAUCCCUUCAUUGGAUCACUUUUGGGUCUGCACAACAAAGUAAUGCAGAACAUACAAAAUCUAAAAGAUUUUAUUCUAAACUUUGUAAAGAAACGAAGAGUAGAGUUCAGUGCCAAUGACAUCAACGGAUACAUCGAUGCAUAUCUUAUGAAACAGGAACAGGAAUCAACAAAAACUGAGACAUAUUUUGAUGAGGAGAAUCUGAUUUCUGCAGUCCUGGAUCUUUUCGGUGCUGGUACUGAAACUACAUCUACAACGAUCCGCUGGGGAAUUUUGUUGAUGAUGAAGUACCCGGAGAUUCAAAAGAGGGUACAGGAUGAAAUUAAAACACAUCUUAAACCAGGACAGUUGCCGACAGUAGAAGAUCGAAAGAAAAUGCCUUAUACUGAUGCAGUGAUACAUGAACUACAAAGGUUUGCCAAUAUUGUUCCACUGAACCUGUCACACAUGACUCCAACGGAUGUGUAUUUUCGGGGUUACUGCAUCCCAAAAGGUACAGAGGUUAUUCCAUUGCUGACAUCAGUUCUGUAUGACAAAACUCAAUGGGAAACUCCAUAUCAGUUUAAUCCCAAUCACUUUUUGGAUAAAGAUGGGAAAUUUGUCCGAAAUGAUGCAUUUAUGCCUUUCUCAGCAGGAAGAAGAGCUUGUGCUGGGGAAAGCUUAGCCAAGAUGGAACUUUUCCUGUUCUUCACUGGACUUCUUCAGGCAUUUACUUUCUAUCCACCACCAGGAGUUUCCAGAGAAGAUUUGAACCUCGUUCCCAGCAUUGGAUUCACAUUGGUCCCCACACCAUACAAGACGUGUGCCAAGCUAAACUAUUAGUGCAUGCAGAACAAGCAAGACAACACAAAAGAUAAUGCUGCUGUUGAUUAUAUUUUUCUAUCAGAUUUUAUGUAGUAGUUUUUUUAUGUUAUUUUCACAUAUUUUAGGGUAAAACAGCUAUGUUAUUCAAUGAAACGCACGGCUUACAAUUUAUAGUGGACUAGGGGCCAAUGAUCAGUUAUGAACAUUUGUUUGCCCGACCAUUGCUGUGUAUAAUCAUGGUGCCGAUUACCCAACAAAUGUUUGGUCUUUUAUUGAGGGACGAACUCUUGUUCGUGGUAUUAAAAAUGUAUAAACAGCGUAUGUGCUGCAGGCAAACUGAACCUGUAUGGGAUUGAACAAUAGUAUUUUCCAUUGUUUGUUCUCAAACUAAUCAGACACCAGUUAUCUUAAUGUACCUUAAUCGGAAGUUGUUGUUUAGUUUUAGUGGCAUUGAUAGCUUUUCUAAAAUGUAUCUUCACCCAAAAAUAAAAACUGAAAUAUGUAAGAUCCCAGCACGCCCUUUGCUUCUUAAAGAAAAUGAAUACAUAACAGUAAAUUCAGGAUGCAUUGAGGACCAUCCACUAGCACCUAUUAACCAAUAUAUGA